AAUAUUUAGCCGCCAGGUUUUACAAUAUUCCUUGAAUGUAUUUAGGCAGUUUUGGAAAUCCGUCGGAGAAUCGGACAGUAUAAUGGUAUCGUCCGCAUAUACCAAAAUAAAGAGUCUAAGCCAUAGAGUCGAGUCAUGUAAAUCUCCGAGCUCUAUGCCAACGUUAACAUUUUGUUACAUAUACGACUGAAGAUCAUUAAGGAACAGCGAAAAAAUGUGCAGGCGAUAAAUUCUCAUCCUGUCUAACAACAAGUUCAGGGACAAAUGAAUAUGAUGACUGUUUCACCAUGUAAAAUACAAGACUUAAUAUUUAUACAUAUUGUGGAUAACAUAAAAAAAUCUUUAAAUUUUGCAAAAGCUACUCUCCAUAUCUUGUCGAACGCCUGAGCAAAAUCAACAAAGGCACUUCUGUUUCCUUUUUUGAGAAGAUCUGUUAAAAGAUGUAUUUAAAAAAUAUGAUCACUACACGAAAAACUUUUCCAAAAACUUGUUUGAUUUUCAACUAGUAUUCCGCUAUCUUCCAAAAAAAAAACGCGCCAAUCUCGUACUCAGUACUGAGGUGAAAAGUUUACCUAGACAGCUUAAAAUAGUGAUGGGGCGGUAAUUUACCGGGCCUUUUGGAUCUCCUUUGUUCUUAUAGCUAGGCAUAAUAGUGCCUUCUAAUCGGCUGUUUGGUAAUAUUCCUAUAUCUAUAAAACAGUUGAAGAGUUUAAUAUAUCCUUAUAUUGGCAUUAAAAUAAUCUUUGUUUAGGAUACUUAUGCAUUUUAUUAUCUAAGCUUCUUAUAUGGGUGAAUUAUCUAAGCUUCUUAUAUGGGUGAAUUAAGAAAUUUAGUCGAUUCUUGAAGGAGAAGUGUUUCAUUUUCAUUAAAGAUUCCGUUGGUUCUUGAGCUAUAUCAGUAUUUAUAUAUUUGAAAUGAUUAUACAUAUUCGCAUUGAGGGCGAUGGACUAUAUUGCUGUUGAGGUUUUAGCAUUUACAGGAACUGCCAAUAUUUUUGGACUUUUUUUGGAGUGACCUUAAUCUAUUAGCAUUUGUAAGUUUGUUUUUCUUUAUAUAAUAGUGCAUUGUACGUUUGUACAUUUUAAUGGCAUUUCGUAAAGUUAUCUUAUUAUCAUUAUUUGGUAUAUGUAUGCAUUUUUCUCCAGCAUUGUGGUAAUGUUUCCUCACUUUGUGACAUUUAGGACCAUACGACGGUUUGUUAGUUGUAUUAUUAUAUUUUUUUAUCAUGGGAUUUAUUUUUAAUUGAUGACAUUUAGGGAAGGUUUUGUCUGCAGAAUUUCAGAAGAGUAACUGUAGCUCUUCAGAUAUCCAUAUUCAAUAGACUAAGUAUAUUGUGACUGGGGGUAGGAAUUCAGCCGUGUCUUUAUAUUUUCAUGUCGGUAUUGUUUUUAAAUGCAUUUGCCAAUUCAUUAUCUCAGAAUGGUCGGAAUACAGUUUUAGUAUAUUGUUCAUUAUCAAUAUUUAUAGUAUAAUGACCUAAAUUUGUAUCCUUUCCCGGGGCGAAGAAUUGAGAUUUAGUAACUAAAAUGGCAAGGGCGCGGGCGAAAACACGAUAAUUAACGUCGAAAUUCGCACCGCGUCCCAACCGUUAGAGCUAAUAAAUGUCGUCUUUUCGCCCCGCGACCCCGCAAACUAUCGUGUUUUUUCCACUAAAAAGCGAGUUUUCAUCCUGCACCCCGCCAUUUUAACUUGUAAAUUCUCGUGUAUUCGAUCGGCGGGGCCGCGGGAAGAAAACACGAAAUGGCAGAAAUCAGCCACCAUAACAAACGGUUAAUUCAAAUAUUUGGAAGAUUUUAUUUGGGAUCAACACCCAUUGUCGGGUAUUGAUUAUCAGUGUCUAAUUUUAGUCGAGUUGGCAUUGGAGGGUAUUGAAUUGCCAUAUAUUCAACAAAAGAUUGCAUUGCAUGCAAUUAGUUGUUUUUCAUUUACGAUCGGCAAUGUCUAUUGAAGUGUAAUUUGAGAUGAUUGAAACAUUGAUCGACGCACAAGUUUAUAACAACUCAUUAUGUAUUUUCUGAAAAUUAGAAGACGUAAUAUGAAUUUUCGGAAAACCAUACUUUACCUAACUACUUAAACGAGAAUACGCCAUUAUUCAACGAAAUUGUAUAGCAAUAAGGAUAAAUUAUUGUUCAAAUGUUGUAUGGGAUAAUAGAUUAAGCUAGCUUGGGUUUGGUGGACCUUAACUAUGGGCUACACUGUACCAUGCCGUUACAUUGUACCAUGCCGUUACUUUGAUGCUUACAACACUCAGUCGUUCACAUUUGUAUAUGAAAAUAGAACUCUAAUUCUCGUGAUUAAUGCUAUAUAUGGCUAUGUGCAAUAUCUUUUUCUGGUCCAAGAGCACAGUAGGCACUUAAGUACAUUGCAACCCAUGCCCUAUAUGGCGCAUAGACCAAGGUUACACCCUGUAACAGAAAUAUUGCCAUGUCCCUAUACCUUACCUCAGUGGGAAGGAUUAAUGUGUAUAGAAGACCCACGAGCACUCGUCAGCAUAUUGCAUCUUGGAGUGUUAUCUGGCCUGGAGUAUCUCUGGGAAACACGCGUCGAAAAUGAUGACGAAAAGAAUAAAAGUAAAAUUACUCAGUUAUAUUCUUUGCUACCAAAUACCCAAUUAUUAAAUUAUCUUUGCCUCACACUUGGACGCAAUUCUUUCCUUAUACAGGAAUUAUGUAAGGAAAUAAGUUUGGAGUUAAAGAAACGGUCAAGCACUAUUGUUGAUGUGUGGGCUGCAUAUAUGCCUGGUAAAGAGAAUGAAAUUACGUUCAUGGUCAUAACGAAGAAAAACUGCGAAAGUCCGAUAAUUCGAGACAGACCGUUUGUGCAUCGUUGCAUCGACGAUUUUAGCACCGAAGCUGCAUAUGUGAUUGAAAACGAAAUUCCGUUGAGAAAUGAUUUGAGAAAAAAUCUCAGAUCCGUAGUAAACAGGCACACCGGUUCUCUACUUCAGCAACACAAAAAUAUAACUUCAAUUUCUGUUAGUUCAGUUAAGUCAAGGAACUUUAACACGAUGAAAGAAUUGUGCCCCGUACCUUGCAUUGUUAUCUAUGUUCAUGUCAAAGGUAUGAUACCUAUUGAUGAAGAAGCUCUGCCAACAAGGCUCGACGGAUUUGACGUCGACGUACGUGAAGGUGCAUUUAGUCCCUUUCUUCAUGAACCUAACCAAGUUCCUGACAGCAUUUCGAUGGGCUGUCAAAUCCAAGGUCCCGGUGAAAACGUAGAUGAAGAUGGAAAUGUUUUAGGAGGGACUCUCGGUGGUUUCAUUGACCAUCCAGAAUUCGGGCUUUGCUGCAUCACAUCAGCACAUGUCAUUCUUUCAGCCGAAACUAUGCGAACCAUCAACCCAUUCGGCUGGCAACCACCGCACACAUAUAAUAAUAUAUGCUACCAACCUUGUCCUCCACACGGGUUUGGGAGAGUGGUUUUAGCUGUUUGUAAGGAAGGGAAUGAUGAUAGUUCCGGGGUAGAGGUUGUAAUGAUAACGGUGGAAGAUAGACCACUAGCUGAUAAAGGUUCUGACGGCUUACCGUACAGGUCAGGUGAUAUCAUGGAACUUUCUGAACUUAUCCAGCAAAUGGAUAAUAGUUACAUGGAAGUGAUAAAGUAUGGGGCUGAAACUGGAAUCACGAAAGGCAAAGUUCAUUCCGAGCAAACAACAAUAAAAUUUAUCAGUCCCGAGUUGUCACAUAGUAAAUUGAACUUUACCUUAAGAAACCAGAUUGAAAUUAUUGGAGAUGAUAUAUUUGCAAAACCUGGUGAUUCUGGGGCAAUUGUUUUUCAUGUGGCCCAAAACAAACCUUUAAAAGCUAUAGGAAUGUUAGAAGGGGGAACAAGCUAUAAUACAUUCAUUGUAACACCUAUUUGCGAAAUACUGAAAAGCCUUGACCUACCUCCCCCUCUGCAUAUGAAAGUAUUUGAUCAUGUCCAUAUGGGAACAGAUCUAGACUAUUUAGAACAGAGGGUUGAAAAUCUGGAAGGAACAACCGAGAAUAUUAAAGCAGAUGUCGCCGACAUAAAGACAGAACUUCAACAGCAAAGGCAAACUAUGGAUGAACAAGGGCAAAAACUUGAUCAAAUUAUAGGCCUCUUAACAGCACGUAAAUAGUUAAAAUAACUAUAACACGCAGUUAAGGAAAUCGAACAGGUAAACCUUUUACGCAUCAAUGCCCCAUCUGAUAUGGACCAAGUACAGGAUUCAACGACAGAACAUGUCAGACUAAACGGAGGUCCUUCUAAAUCGUAAACAAGAUGCAUUAGUUUAUGCAAUUAAAUAACCAAUACUAUGAAUACGUUCAUGUUUAAAACAUAUAACCCGAAACGUAACUCUUCGGUAUAUGUUGGAUUACUUUGACAACAGUAAAUGCAGCAUCAACAAUCCGAAUCAAUAUCUUCAUUAUAAAGACAACUGAUUGCGUUCUCCUAUUUAACAUAUUUAAAGAAACUCUUUAACCUUAAAACUGAUAAAUAAAAUACAGAAGUUUGUUUCAAGAAAUAUAACGGUGCUUUGCUUAAGCAAACACUUUAAUCCUUUUCUCCGAAGAACGAACUUCAUUAUAUGCAAAACUGAUUUGAUUCGAUUUUAUUUUACAUACACAUUAUCAUACUAUAUCAUAGUGAAUAUUAAAUAUUUUCCACUUGUU